AUGAAGGAUCUCGUCUGCGCUGCCCUGCCGCAGUGGCUGCAUCAGGAAGCCUGUGCUGCUGAGUGGGCAGUGGCGGCAGCAAGCCUCCCCGAACCCCCGAAUCUCGGCUCUCCAGUUCUCUUUUCAUUCCUAGGAGAAAACUACAGACAGCACGAAUGGGUACGCUUGAAGAGCCACGGAAGCAAGGAUUGGAUUGCACAAAUCAUAGCCUUUGUGCCGCCUCAAAAAGAUCAUCUCACAGCGGCAGACCGCUCAGCGGCUGCUGCAGAAGCGGGGGGAAAGAUCGUGUGCAGGUGGGCAUGGGAUCCUGUUGACUUGCGACAGGAGUGCUGCCCUGAUCUUCCCCUCGACGUGUACAGCCAGUUCGAGCUGGUGCCGGCUCUGAACUUCUUCGAUUUGAAUCCGAUCGCCUCGAUCAAGGGCAAGGUGGUCGUAGAAACGCUGCAGCAAUGGCUGCGCAGGCGUGCCUUCCCGCUGAACAGCAGCAGCAAUAGCAGCGGCAAAAACGGCUCGCAAGACGAGUUGGAAGGAAAAGGAAGCGACGACGAAGAAGCUGUACCACUGGUGCUCUUCUACCGCCACGCGUUCGAUGUAGACUGUGGCUUCGACCCGCAGAUUCCCGCCGAUACUUUUCGCUUCAAGCGCAUCAAAACGCAGCAGCAAGAAGCCCCCUCGGGAACGGCUGCCUCGGAACUGCUGACCCCCUCCACAGCCUUCAGAAAGCGCUCAACAGCGCGAAAUCCGGAUGCUCGUCUCUUCUUCUGCAUCAAAUGCAAGCACACGUAUGGGCCCCCAGAUGACGUGGGGCCCCCCGCCUGGAAGCCAGGACCAGAUCAGAGGCGCUUGCUGGAGCAGUACUUACAGCAAAAGCUGCUCCCCAGCAGCAGCAGCAGUGGAGAACGCGCGGUGUACGCGUUGCUACAGCGGGAAAUAGAACAAGAGACCGCAGGAGGGGGGGGGGCAGGGGGCCCCCAUAAGGGGGCGUCAGCUUCUUCCUGCGCAGAGGGGCCCAUUCAGAUGGACUCUCCAGACUGCUUACCCUAUCUGUACAAAACGUAUCCUUCCCAGGAGGACAUAUCCAUUUGCUGCUGGCGUUGCACGCGGAGGGAACGCAAGCGCGAAGCGAUUCAGGAUGCCGCAGCAGCCUCUACGACGGCGGCUGCGAAGAGCGUGAAGGGCGGCUCCUCCAAGGCUGCUGUCACGGGGGUGUCUGAACACAAGCGGCAUGUGAAGAGCACGGUGGCAUGCAGCCAGCAGAAGCAGGCCGCUAGCGGCGUGGCGGCUAGCGGGCCCUGUGUGAAGCUCCCCAAAGAGGAGCAGCCGCAACAACAUGUGCGACAUGUGCAGCAACAGCAGCGGCAGCAGCAGCAGCAGCAGCAGCAGCAGCAGCAACAUGCACAGCUGGAAGAUGAGGAAGUGCCCGAGUCCACCGGGAGUGAGUACAGUUGUAGCAGCAGCAGCAGCAGCGUGGGCGAGGAAAGCGAUCCUGAGUUUGAUGCUGCAGAGUUGCGAGAGGAAUACUUAUCUCUUCAUGAUGUUGACAGAGAGGAGCUGUACCUGAAGGAGAGAGAGGCCCUCAAGCGGCGAGCUUCUGCGGCGCUGGCGACUGCAGCUGCCGCAGCCAAGCAGCGGCAGCAGCAGCACCAGCAGGAAAGCUUUCAAGCGCAAAGGCAGCAGCAGCAGCAGCAGCAGCAGCAGCAGCAGCAGCAGGGCCCCCCCCCGACGCUGCUGGGGCCCUUAGUGCGACAGCGGGACUGGCAACAAGGGGCCUCCCGCCGGUUGCAGAAGCUCGAGGAGAUUUAUCACCUAGGGAUACGCGAGUUGCAGCCAAAGUUGCAGCUGCAGCAGGAGGCAGAUGCGGCGGCAAAAGUCGCCAAAGCAGCAGCAGCACCAGUGGACAGCAGUGCGAGCAGCAACGGCAGCAGCAGCAGCAGUAGCAGUGGCAGUGGCAAGGGCAGUGAUGUCAUGAAAGGGGCUUCCGAAGCCAAUGGAUCCCUUUCGCCUGCGGCUUCGGGAGCUGCAGCAGCACGAGACGCCCUUGGCUGUGGGCAGCAACAAGAGCAGCAGCAGCAAAAGGAAGAGGGUGCUGUCAAGUUGCUGCCGGCUGAGCUCAAGUAUCCGUCUGCAGCGGCUUUUGCCGCUGCGGUGCAUGCGGCAUUCAGUAAAAUGUACGGGGGGGCCCCGCCGCGUCUGCGCCAGCAGCGGCUCUACGAGUUGCUCGCCAACUUGAAGCGUGAGAACAACAAGGAACUGCGGCAGAAGGUGUUACUCGGUAUUAUGUCGCUCUCUUCUCUUCUUGCUGCUGACGCAGACGCCUUGGCACCUGCCGAGGUGAGGCGGGAAAGGCGGGAGGAGAGAGAACGGCAUUUUCGGCGGGCUGUGCUGCUGACAGAUACGCUGGAGCCGCAGCAGCUCCUGAAGAAGACGCACAAAGGGCUUGAGAGUGUCAGCGAGGACGCAGUGCCGCAGCAGCAGCAGACGCAGCAAGCGAAAGUUCGGCUGCCUCCGGUUCGGCAGAGCAGUGGCAGCAGCUCCAGCAGUUCUAGCAGCAUGGGCGACAGCAGCAGCGGUAGCGGUGACAGCGGCAGCGACAACAGCGGAAGCAGCAGCAGUGGCAUCGAUGAUACAGACAGAGAGGGAAGGGCUGCGGGCAGCACUAGCAGCAGCGGCGGCAGCAAGACGGCCGCUGCUGCUGCUAGUGCUGCUGCCUUAAAUGGCGCUUACAGUGAUGCAACAGCACCGACUGCUGCUGCUGCAGAAAGCGUAGACAUCAAAAAGGAACUGCAUGCGCUGCACCAGCUCUUUGGCAGCGAUCCUACUUCGGCCGCUGAGCAGCAGCCGCAGCAGCAGCCGCAGCAGCAAGGAGCCGAAGGCGCAGACACGAAGGAAAAACACCGGGUGCGUUUUGCUGCAGAUACAAAGCUGUCUCCGCAGGGAGGGGGUCGACGCAGUAGCAGCAGCAGGAAGCAGCAGCAGCAGCAGAAAGAACAACAGUUCGAGCUCCUUCACCAUUUGGUGCCGCAGGGGUUUUCCACGAGGCCCCUGAGUGCCCCUCCGAACGUAGCUGCCUAUACACCCGACGAAGCGAAACAAAGGGUGCUGCAGUUGCUGCAGCGUGUGCAGCAGCAGCAGCACCGGCAGCUGGUCAAGCAGUACCAGUCGCUGCAGCAACAACAGCAACAGCAAGACACCGGAGCCGCAGCUGCUGCGCACGCAGUUGCGGCGGACUGCAGUAGCAUGAGGAACUCCUUUGCCGAGUUGCUGCAAUGCGCCUUCACGCGAGUCAGCACUGAGCUCGCGCGUAGAAAGGGCGAGGCAGCGUAG